AUGCACUAUUAUGGGGAGCGGUAUAAAUACCUGUACCUGCCGGAAUCAGGCUACAUCACUGAAAGCAUCCAGCAAUGCACGCCCCAGUCCAAUGCGUGCAGUACCACAUGCCACCCAGUCAGUGUGAUCAAGAGCCCGAUGCCGAGAUGCCAAAAUUACACGCAACCUUUUACUUACGUGUGCUCACAGCCAAGCAUGACCCAGACAUCCCUGUUGCCUUGCCAGCCCUACAUACAGCAGUGUGUCCUGGUGUACCCUGAGCCUUGCGAGACCACUCACCUUCUGCCCUGCAGGAAGCCCAGCCUGAAGCUGAGCACAAUGCAGAGUUUCCAGCCCUGUGAGACCAGCCGCACUGAGAAAAAAUGUACAGCCAAAAGCCUCCCACCCUGCGCACCCAGGUGCCCUGAGCCCGGUAAACUCAAGUUCCCACCAUGUGGGAUCAAGUACUCAUCCUCCUGCAAGAAUGAAGGCAGGUCGCAGAAGAUCUCCAGAUGCGCGUCACAGCGGUAUAACGUGGACCUCCGCUCCCCGCAGGGGCUGACCAGCUGCUAUUCCCCGCCACUGCGGGGAGUCACCGAGUGUCCCCCACAGCAGUGCAUAACGCAGUCUUUCCUGCAGGAGUACGUGAGUGGGUUUCCCCAGGAGAAGUGCAUGAAGGGCUACCCGACGCAGGAGUGCGUCACCACUUACUCCUCAGAGCAGUGCAUAACCAAGUGCCCACCGCAGCCGCACGCUCCCAAGUGCUCCUCCGGGCAGGGGAUAAAGGAGUGCUCCUCGCAGCAACAUGCAACCAAAUGCUCGCUGCCACAGGAGGGAACCAAGCAUAAGAGCUCGUCAACACAACAUCUAAGCAAGUCCAAGUGCCUCUACCCACGGGCCACCCAGCACUCUCACCAGCAUCAUGCCGGGGGAGUGAAACGUUCAAGCCACACCAAGAAGAGCCGCUGUGCUUCAAAAUGGCUCUGCUAA